AUGACACUCAGGCUGCUCAUCACCAAAGCCAUUGGAAAGAUGGCCGCCAUGAACACUCCUUUCCAGUUCAGAUUGAUGGAUUUGCCCAACGAGCUCAUAGCACACAUCAUCGACCAAAUUGACAGCAUAAAGGCAGUCAGACGUCUAUCAAGGACAUGCCGCAGAAUUCAACAUCUCGCAGAGCCUCUUCUAUAUCGCAGAAUACAACUGAGGACAGGCUGUGACGUCGAUCAGAUCAUCACCGCCGUCUCAUCUCGUCCAGAACGAGCUGCCGCGAUCCGCUUUCUCGACAUUCCCUGCGACGACACUUAUCCACAAAAUCACGCUGCAGUGGGCGCACUACUGAAAGGAGCCUCAGGCUUGAGGGAGCUUAUGUUCGAGAGCCCAGAGUGCAACAGCACUGACUUCGAAGAUGAGGAAGAGUGGCAGGCCAUGACCGAUGAACUGUUCGAACCUUUCGAAUGGGCUGUGGCGAGUAUCUCACCGACAGUGCACACGCGACCACUGCAGAAGUUGAAGAAGUUCACAUUACACAUGAACGGUGCCGACUCGCCAUACUGGACCAUAGACAGCAGAAGCAUCGCCUUGUUGUUACACCCGAGUCUGACACAUCUGAGGAUGUCAUGCGUCAAUAUUCUUGACAACAUUCUAGAGGACGUACACCAGAAGGAGAAGACGCCAUUGAAGCAUCUCGAGCUCGAAGAGUGCAACAUCACGCAUGGUGGACUCCAUGGCAUACUAUCCCUGCAAACAGCGCUGGAGGAGCUGAGUCUCGGGGAGAACUGCCACAACAUCCAGCAUUUUGGCGAUGACAUUGAUGCAGCUUCGAACCAUCUCUUCCAGAUGGACCCGCAGACUACAGUCGCUGCACUGAAGCAACAGAAACACUCUUUGCGCGUCCUCACCUACGUCACGACAGAAACCUACUACCAGCACUUACAGCUGGCCAGGUGGGUCACCAUCAAGAAAAGCCCCAUCGAUGCCGGCUUCGCCGACUUUGCGGCUCUCGAAGAAGUCACCCUUUUGGGCCAGUGUCCCGACUUUGAGCGAGCUUUGAUGACCACGCGCUCGCCACCAAACCUGAAAUCCCUCACUUUCAGAGCAAUGACCCCGUUUCGACGAGAGAUUGGGAGCCACUCGCUACCAGGUUCGCCGCUGGCACUUGUGCCAUUCAUGCGCGCGCCUUCUUGCUCCAUACCUGAAUCACUCACACGGCUCAAGGUGGCUUACUAUGAUACUUUACCAAUCGGAGUGGGGCGGUCCUUCAGCGAGACCACAAAGGGUAUCAUCAGGAAAGCGGCGAAUGCCACGAAGAAGAUUGGCAUCGAGCUCACUGUCUCCUAUGUGGAUAGGAGCAACUACUAUCCUCCAUAUCUCUGGGGUGAGCCUCAGCCGACCGAGACUAUAGCCUUCACUGGAGACGAUGGCUUCGUCGGCAGAUUCCUAUCUACCCAUACGGCAUCGGAUGAUGACGGUGAUGAUGAAUGGGAGACUGAUAGUGAUUGA